UAUGAUUCAUGUAUAUGAAAAUGUGAGAUCAGAAGAAGUAGAAAGCAUCAGAAAAAUGAAUCCUGAAUCCCACAUGAAUCUUAGUGAGAUAAUUCAGUUCUGGGGAUAUCCAGCAGAAGAACAUGAAGUCCUUACAGAAGAUGGCUACUACUUGACUCUGAACAGGAUCCCAGGACAUACAAAGAGUUCCAAAUCUUCUGUACUCCUGCUUCAUUGUUUGGAUAUGGAAGGCAGUGUUUGGAUAGCAAACCUUCCUCAUCAGAGCCUAGGCUUCAUACUAGCAGAUGCUGGAUACGAUGUGUGGAUUGCCAAUAUCAGAGGAACUUCUUGGUCUAGGAGGCACCAACACUUCUCAAUUGAUCAAGAAGAAUUUUGGAAUUUCAGUUUUCACGAAAUUGGCAUAUAUGACCUUUCUGCCAUAAUAAACUUCAUUCUUCACAAAAGGGGACAGGAGCAUCUCUAUUUUGUCUGCCAUUCACAAGGCUGCAAUAUAGGCUUUGUUGGAUUUUCAAUAAAACCUCAACUGGCUGCUAAGGUCAAGAUGUUUUUUGUCUUGGCCCCUUUAUAUACCCUUCAGGAUACAAAAAGUGUGCUAUUGCAAAUCACACGCUUGCCAGAGUCAUUGUUGAAGAUUAUAUUUGGCAGAAAAGAAUUCUGCUUGCUGAGCCCCACCCUGAGAGCACAGCUGGCUCAGAUGUGCAGUUACCAACCGUUAAGCAUGAUCUGCAAGCAAGCUCUUCUUAUGGUUGGUGGUUUCAGCCAGAGAAGUCUGAAUACAAGUCGGGUUGAUGUGUAUCUAUCACGAUUCCCAGAUUAUACCUCUGUGAAAAAUAUAGUCCAUUGGAGUCAGACAUCUCACUCAGGUCAAUUUACAUAUUAUGAUUAUGGCUCAAAGAAUAAAGUUAUAUACAACCAGACAACUCCUCCUCUGUACGACAUUGAAGCAAUCACCAUCCCAAUAGCAAUGUGGAGUGGAGGUCAGGACUGGGUUUCCCAACCCUCCGAAAUUGCACAAUUGCAACAUCGAAUUACUAAUCUCAUUCACGAGAAGAAGUUUCCCAAGUGGAACCACUGGGAUUUCAUUUGGGGUCUUGAUGCUGCUUCCUGCUUAUAUACAGAAAUACUUACUUUGAUGGGAAUGUUCUAG